AUGGGAGACCCCAGGCUGCCCUGUGCCUCACUCAGCCUGUGCCUUUCCCCUGCAGGGACCUGCAGUGUGGGUUAUGCUGGGGGCUCAGAUCACUGCAGACAAUUGAACAAUCAGGACAGCGCCAUGGGGGAUUCACAGGAGAAUGAAGAUAAGCUGGAGGAGUUUCUAGAACAGAAGGAAUAUGAAGACAUUGCAUUCUCCGCGCUCCAGAUGGAGGAAGCAGAAGCUCAGCUCACCGAGCUGACAGCCACAGACUACCACACCGCGUCGCACCGCCCCCCAGACAUCCUCGAGGUCCUCGUGGAGCUGCGGGAACUGGUGAUGGAUGAAAAGAACCAGGAGCUACAAUGGAUGGAGACAGCGCGCUGGGUGCGGCUAGAGGAGAACCUGGGGAAGGACGGGAUCUGGGGCCGCCCACACCUGUCUUACCUCACCUUUUGGAGCCUCUUAGAGCUGCAGAAAGCCUUUGCCAAGGGUACCGUCCUCCUGGACCUGCCAGAGAAAUCCCUGGCCGGGGUGGCCAGCCAGCUGCUGGACAGGUUUAUCUUCGAGGGGCAGAUCCAGCCUCAGGACCGAGAAAAUCUGUUCCGGGUCCUGCUGCUCAAACACAGCCACGCCAGAGAUGUGGAGGCCCUGGGGAGUGUGAAGCCUGCAGUCCUGACACGUUCUGGGGACCCUUCACAGCCUCUGCUCCCACAGCAUCCCUCGCUUGAGACAGAGCUCUUCUGUGAACAGGGAGAGGGGAGCGCGGAAGGGCACUCGUCAUCUGGAAUACUGGGAAAGAGUCCCCAGGACUGGGAGGCCACCCUGGUGCUGGUGGGCUGUGCCAGGUUCCUGGAGCGGCCAGUGCUGGGCUUUGUGCGACUAAAGGAGCCUAUGGAGACGGAGCAAAAGCCACAGGAGCCAGAGGAGCCGGCAGUCCCUGUGCGUUUCCUCAUUGUGCUGCUGGGACCUGAGGCCCCCAACAUCGACUACACCCAGCUGGGCCGGGCUGCUGCCACCCUCAUGUCAGAGAGGGUGUUCCGCACUGAUGCAUACUUGGCCCAGAACAAGGAGAUGCUGGUGCAUUCCCUAGAGGGCUUCCUAGACUGCAGUCUGGUGUUGCCUCCCAUGGACGCGCCCUCUGAGGAUGCCCUGCUCAGUCUGGUGCCCGUGCAGAAAGAGCUGCUGAAAAGACGCUACCUGCCCAGCUCUGCCAAGCCAGAGCCCAGCUUCCUCAAGGGCCUAGAUUUGAAUGGGGGUCUAGAGGACACCCAGGAUGACCCUUUGCAGCGGACAGGCAGGCUCUUCGGGGGACUGGUACGUGACAUCCGGCGCCGCUACCCCCGCUACUUGAGUGACAUCACAGACUCAUUGAACCCCCAGGUCCUGUCUGCCAUCAUCUUCAUCUACUUUGCCGCCCUGUCACCCGCCAUCACCUUCGGUGGCCUCCUGGGAGAAAAGACCCAUAACCUGAUGGGUGUGUCGGAACUGCUUAUCUCCACCUCGGCGCAGGGCAUCCUCUUCUCC